AUGGCGGAGCGCCACGUGCUUUCCGAUCACACAAACCGUCCUUUGUUGACGCGAAAGUCGCUCCCUCCUUUGGUGUCUCCGUUGCACACAGGGAAUAAAGGAUCUGUUGUGGAAUGCUCGAAAGGGGUUGACGCUAUACAUCAUUUUCAUCAAACCGAUGUGAACUGUAGUCCAGUUUAUGUACCCGAAUACAGCUCUGAAAUUGGUGACUAUUUUCUAGUUUCGGAGAGAAACCACUAUCGAGAUUCGAAUUACAUGGCAAAUCAAUCCGAGAUAACCGAAAAAAUGAGGAUGAUUCUCGUGGAUUGGCUUGUUGAUGUGGUGACGAAAUUUAGACUUCAUGCAGAAACCUAUUACUUGGCCGUCGACAUUGUGGAUCGGUACCUUGGCGCUAAGGGAAUUGGCAGGGCGAGGCUCCAACUGGUUGGUAUUACUGCUAUUCUUCUUUCUGCAAAGCACGAGGAAAUAUGGCCACCCGGAAUAAAAGACUGCGUUUUUAUCUGUGCAAACACCUAUUCCGCACAGGAAGUAUUCGAGAUGGAGAGGGAUAUCGCAGUGACAUUGCGGUUCAAGCUAACUGUUCCCACAACCUAUCCAUUGGCUUGUCGCUUUCUCGAAUGUGGAGACAGUGAACCCAUUAUCCGUGAUGCUACGUUUUUUUUCUUGGAGUGUGCCGCUCACAGCUAUGAAAUGCUACAACACCUGCCUUCUCGGGUGGCAGCAGCUUCUGUUUUGCUCGGUCGUUUACUCGUUGUGUGGAAUAGCUGUAUUGAUCGCUCCGGUAUUGUACCAAGCAAAUUGUGGGGCCGCGACAUGAUGCGUGCUGGUCGCGGCAUAACGCUUGAUGAAAUUCUUUCUGUGGCUGAAAAGCUUCUGAACUUCACAAGAAGCUUCUCUACACCUUUAUCAAAGCUUCAGGCUACGCGGCGCAAGUAUCUUUCGCAGAAGUAUAAUAGUGUAGCUUCAUUAGAUCUGCCUACACUUUCAUUGAUCUUUUUUUUUAGAUGA